CAUUCAAGCUUCGAAGUGCAAGUACGCGGAUAAUAACCGCCUUCGAAAUGUUUUCUUUCUUAAUAUUCUAAACAGUAAUAUUAUGGAACGCCUACGCAUAGCCCAAACAUAAGCACUACACAAGACUAAGGUUGCCUCUGAUGCCACCUCACGAAACCUAGUUGGAGUCCUAGGGGGAAGCCAAGAUUUAUUGGAAAAGUCUAAACUGUGCGCUGCGGCACACGAAUCCUAUACGAGGUUCGAGAAACGCAUUCUCUUUUGCGAGCACCUCUGUGAGAUAAUUCGGAACAGAUACACCUUGCCACCACUUGAGAUGAUUGGUCCCGUGGAUGACCUGUAUGGGCGUAUUUGUAACCGAUUGAGGUAUGGUAGAGAUGCCUUGAAGGCGAGACAUGUACAUCUUGAGAGCGAACUUAAACUGUUGAUGGCGCAGAUGGCGUGUGUAGACGCUGGGAUCCAUGUAAAACUAGUUGCGUGUGCUAACAUAAAGCGAAACUUGGAAGAUCAGGUCACACUUGGACCGAUGAUGGCGGGAUUUGGUGACAUGCUUCGCUUAAUCCACACCGAGACUGACUGUGUGCAUGAUGUGUGUAUGGAGGUUGUAGUAACAACCCUAACCACCCCGCACAGAACUCGGACAUCAGGUCAACCGAGCACGCGUGUGCAGAAUUUUUU